GCUCCCGCGGCUCUUCGCUCCCGCCAGCUUCGGAGCCGAGGCCCCAGCAGGACGGGGCGGCCGGGCUCGGACUGCAGCAUGGCGACCCCGGACGGGGCGCCGGACCCCUGGGCGUCGCUGGAGGCUCCCGCCCGCCUGGUGCUGCGGGCGCUGCAGGCCGGGCCCGCGGGCGCGCGGCGCGGCCUGGGGGCGCUGCGGGCGCUGGGCCGCCGCGGCCCGGCCUCCUUCAGCUGGGGCCCCUUCCUGGAGGCGCUGUGCCACGAGGAGCCGGUGGUGCCCGCGCCCGGCGGCCGCCUGGAGCUGAAGCCACUGUUGCUGCGAUUGCCUGCGUUAUGCCAGAAGAACCUCAUGUCUCUGUUAAUGGCUGUUCAGCCUUUGCUGCCUGCAAGUGGGCUUCUCUCUGUGCUGCAUAUUGCACAGCAGGAAGUCGCCUCUGGCCCAGAUGCCUGGCUCCAGGCCCUAGGGAUACUGCUGCAAAGAGAUCUGGGUGACAGGGACCCUGUUGAGGGAGUCUCUCCACUGCCCCAAACUUGCCAGAGGCAGCUCCGCGGCCUGUGCAGGCAGCUGGGCCAGGGGGGCAGGAGGCUGAGGUCGCCUCAGGCUCCAAACACUGAAGAGGACAAAGAAGAGGAGGAUAGCAGGGACUCUCAGGCUCCAAACCCAGAGCAGGAAGAGGAAACAGUUACCGGGGACUCCCAGCAGCAGGAGAAACGCAGGAAGGAGCCAGAAGAUACCAGUCCUGGCAGCCAGAGGGCCCCCAAGAGGAUCCGGAGUUGGGAAAGGGAAGAAGAGAAAGACCAUAAGGAGGAGCACGAGGCCUUGGCCUCCCCGUCUGAGGAAGGAGGUGCACUACCCACGAAGCAGCAGCUUGUUGGGGGAACUGAGGCCAGUGAGGCUGGCCAGAGGCCGGAGGCCAAGAACCCAGCUGAAAGAGUGGAGCUGCCUAAAGCUCUCCAGGACCAGGUGACCAGGCUGCAGAAGCUGUUGAAGACCUUUGAGGAGGGGCUGGAGGUGUUGGAGGACAGCUCUCCAGUUGAACUGCAGUUUCUGCAUGAGUGUAGCCCCAGCCAGAUGGAGUUGCUGUGUGUCCAGCUGCAGCUCCCACAGCUCUCAGAUGCAGGCCUCCUGCAGUUCUGCACCCAGCUGCUGGCCCUCUCACCACACCUGAGCAUCGGAAAUGCCACUGUGCUGGCCAGGAGCCUCUUUCUUGGACGGGUCCUCUCCCUGACUUCCUCCGCUUCUUGGCUGCUCAGAACAUCCCUCACCUCCUUCUGUGCCAAGUAUACCUACCCGGUCUGCAGAGCCCUCUUGGACCCCGUGCUCCAGGCCUCUGGCAUAGGUCCAGCUCAGACAGAGUUACUGUGUUCUCUGAUGAAGGAGGAGUCUCUCGAGACAGACAUGCAGCUCCUGAUGCUCAGGCACAUGCUGGAGCUGUCCUGGAGGGAUGAGACGUUCGUGGUGCUGCAGGCGCUCCUGGAACGGCAGGUAGAGGUGUCCCCGGAACCGUUCGGUGUCCUCAUGCAGAGGCUCUGUGAAGAGGGGCUGGUAGCCACCGCCUCAGUGGCCUACGCCAAGCUCGUGCUCACUGUGCUGACCAACUACCAGGCCCAUAUCACAGAGACCCACAGACUGGGCCUGGCUGUGGCCCUGGAGUCUAAUACCACCUUCCUGAGGAAGUCCCUGCAGGCCUCCUUGAAACAUCUGGCCCGCCGAGCCUCUACCGAAGGACCGCCCUCCUGAGCUGCACUAGCACCCGCUCUCAACACCUGGCCUGCCCCUCGCCUCAGCAGGAAAGCAGGGCCUGGCCAUCCCAGGGGCCCGCUGCCCCCUGAUCUAGGCUGCACGGAGGUCAUCUGGGCCCUGCAGCCCACACGGGGGCUCCUGGCCCCUGACAGGAUCAAUAGUAUUUAAUAAAGAGCAAGAUUUGCACAGGG